AUGCCCACCGUCAACAACUCUGGAGAAGACUCAUUCUAUGACCGUGCCGAGGAAGCGGGAGCGGCAAAACUGUGGUCCGUUUAUGUUGAUGAAGCGGAACGCUACGACAAAUCGUUAGUUGCGAGCUGGAAGAGCGACAUGGAGGGAAUGCUGAUAUUCGCCGGUCUAUUCUCAGCUAGUUUGACUGCGUUCCUCAUCGAGAGCUAUAAAACUCUGAAUCAGGACCCCGGCGACGCUGCAGUUCACCUGUUAGAACAAAUCUUGAUAGUCUCUUCAGGCAGUAAUUCCACAUCUCCUGUUGUUCAAUUCGAAACAUUCAAGCCAAGCUUAUCAUCGCUGGUCUGCAACGCGCUCUGGUUUAUCAGCCUAGGACUGAGCCUUUCUUGUGCUCUUGUUGCAACACUCCUCGAACAAUGGGCUCGCGACUUUUUGCACCGGGCCAAUAUCAGAUCCUCUCCCAUUGUUCGUGCGCGUAUCUACUCCUACUUGUACUAUGGUCUUCGACGGUACAAAAUGCAUGCUGUGGUCGAAACCAUACCCUCGCUCCUGCAUGCCUCCCUCCUUUUCUUCUUCGGCGGCCUGAUUGCCUUCCUACUUCCGGUCAAUAAAAUCAUAGCAGGACUUGUGGGCGCCAUACUGGUUCUGGUUCUGAGCGUCUAUGUAUUCCUGACCAUUUUCCCCUUGUUUCGCUUCAACUCUCCAUAUCGAACGCCGCUCUCGAAUACCAUUUGGGGAUUGUCCCAGUCUUGCACUCGAUUUUGGCGGCAGCACAGGUAUCCCAAUAAUUACACCCAUAAUGUUCCAAGCACCAUUGUCGACAACAUAAUCGAGAAUGCGGUCGAGCCAUCAGAAUCUCGACAAGAGCGCGAUACUUCUGCUCUUAUAUGGACCAUGAGAUCCAUGUCGGACGACACGGAGCUGCAAACCUUCGUUGAAGCCAUCCCUGACGCAAUGUGGGGUCCCAAGCAAUACCAUCGUAAAAAUGUCAAGUUGAUGACUACUUUGCGCGACUCGGCGCAGGUGAACCUGCCGUCCAGGAUUGCCGACCUCUGGCGCAGUUGUGCUGAUGGCCUGUUGUUGUCCGAUGCCAUUGAGCGACGCGAGACUGCUUGUCUCAAGGCCUUUUGGGCGCUUUGCAGCAUACCCACCCCACUGCCAACCAAUACCAACACACUUCCCGGAGUACUGGUGCAUGCCCCUUUGUAUCGCAACCACAAACUUUCCCAGUCGUCGAGCAUCUGGUCUUCGCCAUAUUUCAUUUCUAUGAAGGCAAUGGCCAGCUGGAGCGGCCUUGAAUGGCUGCAGAUAUAUCUGGCCCAGUGCUACAAUCACCGAACGGGAACUAUUUCCUUCGACUCUAGGCCAAUUCGACAAUAUAUCUUCCGAUUCUUCCCGCUUGCAACGAAAAUUGACAAACAUUUUGAAGAGCUUGAACGCUCAACAAGUAGCCGCGGACAGUUCGACGCGGCUUCCAGAGAACUUGGUGAAUCGAUCUCCCUUCGCAUCUUUUUCGACUACCUGCGGACCACCGCGACUUCCAAAUCGUUGCCUUACCGCUGGCAAGAGACGCUAGGCAUUACAUAUCCUCGUCGUUUAUCCAGAGACCCAGAUACCAACAUCACCGACAAUGAUCUUCAAGAAGUCGAGCUCGUGAUAGAUACUCUUUCGACUUGGGCUCCCACCAACGGUCCCCAGGUUUCGGCAGUAAUGAGAGAGCUUUGCCGUCUGUGGCGACCACAGGAAACAAGACCGAUCCCUAGCGGUAUUAUCAGUUACCUCAAGCGCCAUGGUAGUGCUCCAGACACGCCACACCCUCUCCGUGCCCUCAAGGGCGGCGAAGUCCGGAGGCUCUUCGAUCAUACAGGACUCCAUCACCGCCUCUGGCGCUGCUUCCCUGCAACCAUUGCUCUUUCCCAGUCCACGUCGUCGCUAGCAAGGCCACUUCUUGAUGAUGUACUGAUGGCUCUUUGGAUUGGCAUCAAUGCGAUAAUAGAAAGUUCAGGUAGAUUGCGUGAGCCUCCGCAGGACGCCGUUGUCCAAGCGUUGACCGAUUGUACGUCCCCCAUGGCUCCAGUUGUCUUGUUAGCAGUCAAAACUGCACUUUUCCGAACCGAUAUAAACAAAAUAAUCCAUUCCCGAAUCGCUAUCCGGAGUUCCUCUCAGACGCCUGACGAUGCAGGGACCACAGAUGAUGAUGGCACAGGCAAACUUGAAGCAGCCGUCAUUAUUAUCGUCGAAUUCCUCGAGAAAUAUGCAAUAGCUGACGCAAUUGACGCGCUCCGUGCAGUGGAAGCCCUGCGAAACAUCCUCGAACUCAAAUCUCGCCACUUGAACGCCAACUUGGCCGUACACCACACCCAUCAAACCCGUUUUGCGCAUGAACUGCGACGGCUAGCGGAGACCUCUCAGGUGUUAUCCGGACGUAUGGUUGUCCAAAGAUUGCUCGACGGCCCUAUCUUCGACCCACCAGAAAGCACUGAAUUGGAUCGCUUCCAUUGGAUAACUGAACCUGCGGCCCAAGCAGAUCUCCGUCUCGCGCAGUCAAUAUUAGCGCGACCCCAGAGCGAGACUCUAGCAAGAGAACGGAUAUCCAACGUGAAUCUACAAGAGCGCAUUUCUUGA